CCGGGGCGGCCGAGGGCCCCUGACUCGGCUCCGCGCGGCGACAUGGACCGGAUGGCUAGCUCCAUGAAGCAGGUGCCCAACCCGCUGCCCAAGGUGCUGAGCCGGCGCGGGGUGGGCGCGGGGAUCGAGGCGGCCGAACGGGAGAGCUUCGAGCGGACUCAGACUGUCAGCAUCAAUAAGGCCAUUAAUACGCAGGAAGUGGCUGUAAAGGAAAAACACGCCAGAACGUGCAUCCUGGGCACCCACCAUGAGAAAGGGGCACAGACCUUUUGGUCUGUUGUCAACCGGCUGCCCCUCUCUAGCAACGCUGUCCUCUGCUGGAAGUUCUGCCACGUGUUUCACAAACUCCUCCGAGAUGGACACCCAAACGUCCUGAAGGACUCUCUGAGAUACAAAAAUGAACUGAGUGACAUGAGCAGGAUGUGGGGCCACCUGAGUGAGGGCUAUGGACGGCUGUGCAGCACCUACCUCAGACUGCUAAGAACAAAGAUGGAAUAUCACACCAAAAAUCCCAGGUUCCCUGGCAACCUUCAGAUGAGCGACCGGCAGCUGGACGAGGCUGGAGAGAGCGACGUUAACAACUUUUUCCAGUUGACAGUGGAGAUGUUUGACUACCUGGAGUGUGAACUUAACCUCUUCCAAACUGUGUUCAAUUCCCUGGACAUGUCCCGCUCCGUGUCAGUGACGACAGCUGGGCAGUGCCGCCUGGCCCCGCUCAUCCAGGUCAUACUGGACUGCAGCCACCUGUAUGAUUACACUGUCAAGCUCCUCUUCAAGCUCCACUCCUGUCUCCCAGCUGACACCCUGCAAGGCCACCGGGACCGCUUCAUGGAGCAGUUCUCGAAGUUGAAAGAUCUGUUCUACCGCUCAAGCAACCUCCAGUAUUUCAAGCGGCUCAUUCAGAUCCCUCAGCUGCCGGAGAACCCACCCAACUUCCUGCGAGCCUCUGCCCUGUCAGAACACAUCAGCCCCGUGGUGGUCAUCCCGGCCGAGGCCUCGUCCCCGGACAGCGAGCCAGUCUUGGAGAAGGAUGACCUCGUUGACAUGGAUGCCUCACAGCAGAACUUGUUCGACAACAAGUUUGAUGACAUCUUUGGCAGCUCGUUCAGCAGCGACCCCUUCAAUUUCAACAGUCAGAACGGCGUGAACAAGGAGGAGAAGGAACACUUAAUUGGUCAACUCUACAGAGACAUCAGUGAGCUGAAGGCACAGCUAGAGAACAUGAAGACUGAGAGCCAGCGGGCGGUGCUGCAGCUGAAGGGCCGGGUCAGCGAGCUGGAGGCCGAGCUGGCAGAGCAGCGGCACCUGCGGCAGCAGGCGGUCGACGACAGCGAGUUCCUCCGCGCGGAACUGGAUGAGCUCAAGAAGAAGCGAGAAGACACGGAGAAGGCCCAGCGGAGCCUGACAGAGAUAGAAAGGAGAGCCCAGGCCAAUGAACAGCGGUACAGCAAGCUAAAGGAAAAGUACAGUGAGCUGGUGCAGAACCACGCCGACCUGCUACGGAAGAAUGCAGAGGUGACCAAACAGGUGUCCGUGGCCAGACAAGCCCAGGCGGAUUUGGAACGAGAGAAAAAAGAGCUGGAAGACUCUUUCCAGCGCAUAAGUGACCAGGCCCAGCGGAAGACUCAAGAACAGACCGAGGUACUGGACAACUUGAAGCAAGAACUUGCCACCAGCAAACAGGAACUCCAGAUUGUCCAAAGCAGCCUGGAAACUUCUGCCCAGGCAGAAGCCAAAUGGGCGGCACAGCUCGCGGAACUAGAGGAGGAGCGGAGCGGCUUGGUGCAGGCUGUGGCCCUCCGGGAGGAGGAAUUAUCUACUCUUCAGGAACAGCUGGAACUCGCCCAGCGGGAACUAUCCAGCACACAGGAAUCAGCGUGCCAGCUCGCCAAGGACCAACGCAAAAUGCUUCUGGUGGAGACCAGGAAGGCUGCGGAGCGGGUGAUACAAGAGGCCCUGCGGCAGCUGGAGGAGCCCCCUCUGAUCAGCUGUGCUGGAUCUGCAGAUCACCUUCUUUCCAAGGUCAAAUCUGUUUCCAGCUGCAUUGAGCAACUGGAAAAAAGCUGGAGCCAGUAUCUGGCCUGCCCGGAAGAUAUCAGUGAGCUUCUCCGCUCGGUAACCCUCCUGGCCCGCCUGACCAGUGACACCAUGGCUAGUGUUAGCACCACCUGCCUUCGAGCCCCACCGGAGCCUGCUGACUCACUGACCGAGGCCUGCAAACAGUUUGGCAAGGAAACCCUCACCUAUCUGGCUUUCCUGGGGGAAGAAGGAAUGCUUGAGAAUGACAGCACAGCCAUGAAGAGCUGCCUCAGUAAGAUCUCCGCCAUUGGCGAGGAGCUCCUGCCCAGAGGCCUGGACAUCAAGCAGGAGGAGCUGGGGGACCUGGUGGACAAGGAGAUGGCUGCCACGUCAGCUGCCAUUGAAACCGCCACGGCCAGGAUAGAGGAGAUGCUCAGCAAAUCCCGAGCUGGGGACACAGGAGUCAAAUUGGAGGUGAACGAAAGGAUCCUUGGUUCCUGUACGAGCCUAAUGCAAGCCAUCCAGGUCCUGAUUGUGGCCUCUAAGGACCUCCAGAGAGAGAUAGUGGAGAGUGGCCGGGGAACAGCAUCGCCUAAAGAGUUUUAUGCCAAGAAUUCUCGAUGGACGGAAGGACUCAUUUCAGCGUCCAAAGCUGUGGGCUGGGGAGCCACUGUCAUGGUGGACGCAGCCGAUCUGGUGGUACAAGGCAGAGGGAAAUUUGAGGAACUGAUGGUGUGUUCGCAUGAAAUUGCUGCUAGCACAGCCCAGCUUGUGGCUGCGUCUAAGGUGAAAGCUGAUAAGGACAGCCCAAACCUGGCCCAGCUGCAGCAGGCCUCUCGGGGAGUAAACCAGGCCACCGCCACUGUUGUGGCUUCGACCAUUUCUGGCAAAUCACAGAUCGAGGAGACAGACAAUAUGGACUUCUCUAGCAUGACACUGACCCAGAUCAAACGCCAGGAGAUGGAUUCCCAGGUCCGGGUGCUAGAGCUGGAGAAUGAACUGCAGAAGGAGCGUCAAAAACUGGGAGAGCUUCGGAAAAAGCACUACGAGCUCGCCGGUGUUGCCGAGGGCUGGGAAGAAGGAACAGAAGCAUCGCCACCAGCACUGCACGAAGCGGUCACCGGAAAAGAAUAGAGCCACACCGACACCCCACACGUCUGAGUGUAAAUCUU